AUGGAUGUCCCUCUCCAGACCUCCGUCCAAUACAAACUUCAACUUCUACUCCACAUCAACACCCUGCUGAUACUUCGCUGCACAACGUUCAAGGCGGGCAGCCCCCAGGUAGAAGGAUUGCCCCCAGAUCAAAUAGACGCCCUUCUACGCCAAUACGUCAGGAGAAUCCAUUGCAACCUCCAAUGUAUUUCAAGCAUGAAUCAGGGUAACUACAGCUCCAAACCAGUAUUAAUGGAUCCGCCUCCGUUGUCUCCAAUAAUGCGAAAACAACAACACCAAGACAUCCUGCCAAAACUAUACAUACUACUGGGCAAGAUGUUUGAAAUUUGGUAG